AUGAGGGCCGCAUACAUCCAGUCGGUGGGGGGAGCCAGCGGCGACAUGCUGCUGGGGGCGUUGCUGGACGGCGGCGUUCCGGUCGAUGUAAUCGAGGCAGCAAUCGGCGCCCUGGGCAUCAGCGGUGUGGUGGUGAGCGCCCAAAUCGAUGUUCGUUGUGAGGUCAGGGGCGCGCGGGCGCUGGUGGACGUGUCGGCAGCGAAACGGUAUUCACCACAACAGAUGCUGGACAUAGUCUCGCACGCUGCGGGAUUGUCGGAGGGAGUGCGUUCGCAGGCUAUGGCGGUGCUCAACGCCCUUUUCGAUGCCGAGGCCAAGGUUCACGGACACGACCGCGCCGCCGUGCAUCUGGAUGAAUUGGGAACCGCCGAUACGCUGGUGGAUGUGGUGGGAGUUGCCGCCGGUCUGGAAUACCUGGCGGUUGAGCGGGUGUACGCAUCUCCGCUGGUUUUGGGCGAAGCAACCGGCCCGCGCCGACCCCGGCGGGUACAGCAACCCGGCGCCGGCCACGCUGGAGAUCAUUGCCGCGUCGAAAGCGCCCAUCGCACCUGA